AUGUUAGAAGAGAAUAUUGUUGUUGGAGUUUCCAUUUGUGUCUCUGGUCUAGCUAUUAUUUCAUGUCUUUUUGUGAUCCCUUGUCAGUACAAUAUGAUACAAACUGUUCGUUCUGAGGUAACCACAGAAGUUUCUGCAUUCCGAGAAGAAACUGACCUUGCUUGGAUAGAAUUGAUGGAUGUUCAAAUAUCAGUUAUGCCUCUUUCUCUGCCACGUCAGAAUCCAUUCAACUCCAUAUUUCGACAAAAACGACAAUCGUACAAGAGCCUUCCUUCAUGGUGCCAAUGUGAACCAACCAAACCAAUAUGCCCUCCUGGUCCCCCAGGUCCACCGGGGCAGCCAGGACAACGUGGUCAACCUGGAAACCCCGGAAUCCAAGGACCAGACUGCAACAUUGUUUAUUCUCCGAUCAGCUGCCCUCCAGUAUCAGAAGACUGUGUGAAAUGUCCACAGGGCCUAAUGGGAUCUGCCGGAGCAAUGGGACCCGCUGGGCCGAGUGGUCCUCCCGGCCGCCCAGGAUAUCCUGGACCUCGUGGAAACCCAGGAUUCCCAGGAACGCCAGGGGAAAAUGGAGAUAAUGGAAAGCCAGGACAGCCAGGACAAAAUGGACAACCAGGAAGGAAUGGGGCUGAUGGGCAAAGAGGAUAUGGAGCGUCAGGUGCGCCUGGACUUCCAGGUAAACAAGGACCGCAAGGACAACCAGGAAUUGACGGGUAUUCGGGACAAGAUGGUUGGAAAGGAGGACAAGGGCCUGCAGGACAAGAUGGAUUUCCAGGAACGUUCGGACAACCAGGAACACCUGGAAACCAAGGAAACCCUGGAAUUCCAGGACCAGAUGCUUCGUACUGUCCUUGUCCCCGUAGAUCAUCAAGAUUCAUUUCAAAAUAG